AUGGAGAAAAGAGGAGCAAGUAGUGGAGGAGAGGCAGAAGUGAGAAAAGGACCAUGGACGAUGGAGGAGGAUUUGAUUUUGAUCAACUAUAUCGCCAACCACGGCGAUGGCGUUUGGAACUCUCUCGCCAAAUCUGCAGGUCUAAAACGCACCGGGAAAAGUUGCCGGCUACGGUGGCUGAACUAUCUCCGACCCGACGUACGACGGGGAAAUAUUACGCCGGAGGAGCAACUUAUCAUCAUGGAACUUCAUGCUAAGUGGGGAAACAGGUGGUCGAAAAUCGCCAAGCAUCUUCCGGGAAGAACUGACAACGAAAUCAAGAACUUCUGGAGGACAAGAAUCCAAAAAUAUAUAAAGCAAACUGAUGUAACAGCAACAACAACAUCAUCCGUUGGAUCUCAUCAGAGCUCAGAAGUCAACGAUCAAGCUGCAAGCACGUCGAGCCAUAAUGUCUUUUGUACACAAGAUCAAGCGAUGGAGACUUAUUCCCCUACUACAACAACGUCGUAUCAACAAACCAAUAUGGAAUUCAACUAUGGUAACUAUUCAGCGGCGGCGGCGGCGACGACAACAACCACGGAUUAUCCGAUACCUAUGAACGUUGAUGAUCAAACCGGUGAAAACUAUUGGGGCAUGGAUGAUAUUUGGUCAUCAAUGCAUUUACUCAAUGGUAACUGA